CCUUGUCUUGCCUUGCCUUGCCCUGCCCUGCUCCUUUGACGGGGGCUAGAAAACGCCGGCAGGCAGGCUGGCUGGCAAGAAGAUACUAGGGAGAGGAGGACAAUGUGCACUUUUGCACUUUUCGGCUUUCCUGGAUGGCGCACUGGUUUUGUCUGUUGCGGGUGGGCGGCCACUUCAUAUCGGGCUUUAUGCCCCCUUCUUCCUCGGCCCCACACACUCACUCCCGCACAUCAUCGUCAGAUCUCGCUACUACCCGCUUGUCUGUACUUAUGUCAGCGGUGGUCUGAAGGAACUCCCGAGGCGAGGGAGGGAAUUGGGGAUUUAAGGAAGAAUAAAAAGGGUUUCGAGCAAGCUGCUUCUGAGCAGGACCUGCUGCUUCUUUCUUCCGCGGAAUGAGCGUCGGCUUUCUUUCGUUCUUCUGGGGAGAAGGCGCUGCUUUGACGACUCCGGGGUUUUCUCCGUACAUAUAUGCCUCG